CCCCGUUUGACAGCUCUAGUCACUCUCUUCAUCAGUUUCCGCCAUCGCGGUUUCUCUAUGUGCGGGAACAACUCAGUGCAAGAAUGUCGUUUUCACACGGUAAUGUUGAAUUUCUCUCCAUUAAUCUCUCAAAAGUAUUCUUUGGUUUCCGACCUGGCCGGGUCACUACUCGCACCAUCAUAGAAGUUCUUAUCCUUCCCGAUGUAUAAAAAACAGAAGUUCUUACUUCCAAACUGCAAAGCCUCUUGGGAGUCAAACUUGUUUUGUUUUUUGUGGAUUCAUGUUCCAAAGGCAGAGUCUUGAUUAUAUCUUUCAUAUAGUUGAAAUCUAGCAGAUCAAUAGGGUUGCUUCUCUGCUAGAAAUCUAGAAUGCUGGAUUUUCUCGAUGGAAUGUUUUAUUAAGGAAAUUGAGUGUGGGUAGAUGUUAUUAUUACUGUUGAGUGUCUGAAUCUGAUUGGUUAAAGGCUUUCCAUUUGAGUCUUGGCAAUCUUUUCCCAAUCUGUAGCUUAAGACUGGCUGGGAACAAUUGAACUCAGAAAUACUCCCUCCGUAUCUUAAAAAUCUUCUCACUUUCCUUUUUCGUUCGUAACAAAAAAAACUUCCCAUUUCUAAAUCUUCUCGUCAUACCCUCAAUAAUUCUUACAAUAAUACACUAUUACAACUAUUUUUUUGUAUUUAUCCUACAUUCCACCACAUUAUUCCACCAUUUUCUCAUCAUACCCUCAAUAAUUCAUAUCAUCUUUCACUAUUCUUAAUCUACCUACUUUUGAAAUGAGAAGAUUUUAAAGUUACUUUUGAAAUGAUAAUCUUGUAUGUCAGUGUAGCAAAUGGUUCUUUCAUGAGUUUGUAAUGGUGUCAGGUUUUGUUUCUUGAAGUAAUGGUGUCAGGUUUUGUUUCUUGAAGUAAUGGUGUCUUGGUGUAUUUGUAUCCGUUUCAAAGUCUAUUACGAUUUACGAGUAUAUUUAAAAACAGAAUAGUGCACAGACCGUUUGGGCGCUGAUUUGAGUGGGCUGUGUCGAAUAUGCUAAGUGAAACAUUGAGCCGUCAGUGUGGAACACACUUAAGUGAAUAAUUUAAUUGUCUGACCUGUUUAGUUUUCCCACGUAGUAUUCUCUAGGCAAAUUAUUUCUUUGUCUGCAGGCUGUUUAGUUUCUACGAGCUUUUUACAAAAUGUUUAUUCAUAAAUAAAUAUGCAAAUUGAGGUUGCAUAUUAUUCCUAUUUGUGCAUGCUACAUGAGUAGACAGGGGUGGGAGAGGGUCAGAGGGAGAAGCUAAGGGAGGGAAGAGACAGCAGACAAGAUAAGUAGAGAAAAUCAACCUCAGGUCUGAUUUCAUUGGGGAUGCUAGUCGUUUUCGUGUCUCCAAUCUCACCAUUGGUGAAAACAGUACAUUAAGGAAGAAAGUGGAAUGCAAGGAAUCAAGGAUUCGUAAACAACAAAUUGCAGUUCCGUCCAAUGUGUCGAUCACAAUGGAAGGGCAAGGUUUUAAAGUUAGAGGCCCUCUAGGAGAGAUGGCUCUUACUUACCCAUGAGAAGUGAAGCUGGAGAAGGAGGAAUCUGGAUCCCUCCGCAUCAUAAAGGCUGUGGAGACAAGAAGGGGUAACGAGAUGCAUGGUUUAUUCAGGUUUUGACCCCUUCAACCCAUCUUUCUUCUUUUGUACUCCCUUUGUCCCACUUCGUGAGAUGCACUUCCCUUUUUCAUCGGUCUAAGAAAAUAUGAACACUUUCCUAAUUUGAACUCUACGAACUUUAUUACUUUCACACUUCAUUCUUUUACCUAUCAUUUCAUAUUUCUACGUUUGUAGAGCUAUACUACCUUUUCAUGCUUUUUGGAGUUUACAAGUCUAGAAUAACAACCCUAUCCUUUAUUUUCUUAGAACUCAUGCCUAACCCUAAUGCAUCUUACAACUCCUCUGUCCCUGAAUAAAGAUCAUACUUUCCUUUUUGGUUUGUUCUCAAAUAAAGUCCUCUUAACUUAUUUGGGAAAAAGUAAGUCAUCCAUUUACUUUACUGCCCCCAUUUAAUGUCCCCACUGACCACCAUUUUUACUCUGGCACUCCUAAACAACUAAUAUAAGGGUAAAUUAGGACGUAAAAAGCAAAAAAAAGGUCUAUAAAAAAUUGUGUUAAGCCAAACCAGGAACAAUAGUAAGGGGCUGAAGGAUUAUGCCAUAUUACAUUUGUGAACUAUUUAUUAUAUGAACUGGAUAUAUGUUUUACCUUUCAAACUAACAUGCUAUAAUAUUUUGAGUUUUGACUAUAUAGAUUUAACAGCGAGGAAGUAGUUUUACACUUUUACUGUAAAUGUUUGCAUGGCGUGGGACACUCACAAAUGUUUAACAUAAAGCUAAUUGUUUUUAGAAUGUAAGUGUAACUGAGACAGUUAUAAGGUGAAACAUCUUUCACCUUUUUUUAUCCUUCAUUAAGUUUAACUUUUUAGAUUAACCGGCAUCUUUAAUCAACCAUGUACAGCACUGGUAAAAUGAAAAACUUUAUGCCUUGGCAGUUUCUUGUUUAUAUUCCUUGGAUUGCAUUUUUGGUGAUAUAUGUUAUAUACCUUGCACCCUUGCACUGUAAGUUCUGAAGUGAAACAAACCGAACAUACAAAUUGGAUUGUGUUAGUUUAAAAUUUUGACUAGGUAAGAAGGCAGAUGAUUUGGAAAUUGGCUCACAGUUAUACUCCAUAUUCAUUAAUCAAGUCCUACAUCUUUAUUUUCUUGAUUGAAUUAUAGAGAUAUCAGAUGAGAAUGUGUAGGUUGAUUAUUUUUAACUCCUGUUAUUAUGCAACUUGCCUGCUUUAAUUUAGCGAGCGGUUUAAAUGACAUGUACAUUCCGAAAUUUUAUUACAGUAAACUGAUAUGGGAUUGGCAGGACACUUACUGACAACAUGAUAGUGGGUGUGUCAAAGGGGUUUGACAAGAAACUGCAGUUGGUUGGUGUAGGGUAUCGUGCAAUGGUUGAAGGGAAAGAUAUAGCCCUUAACCUCGGAUUCUCUCAUCCAGUUAGGAUGGCAAUCCCUGAUGGGUUGCAGGUUAAGGUAGAGGAUAACACCCGAAUCACUGUAAGUGGAUACGACAAAUCUGCUAUCGGUCAGUUUGCUGCCUCUAUUAGGAAAUGGAGGCCUCCCGAGCCAUAUAAAGGCAAAGGUGUGAAGUACGCAAAUGAAGUUAUUAGAAGAAAGGAGGGUAAAGCUGGGAAGAAAAAGUGAUCACAUUCUUGGCUUUUUUUCCUCUUGUGUUCAUUGCAGUUUAUCAAAGCCAUGCUGUAACUUGUAAGCCUGUAAUGGGAAGACGUGUGUGUCAUUGACAUUUAAUAUUUUGGACAUUGUUUUGGGUAUAACACUAAUCUAAAUUAAGCUUGUGAAGUUUUAACAUA